GAGAGAGAGCGAGGGAGCGCACGAGCGCGCGCGCGAGAGAGAGCAUGAAAGCCAACUGAGCGACGGCCGCAGAAGGGGGGUUCCGCUUGGAGGCGCCGGGAGGGAACUGUUGGCAGGAUGAAUUCAGAAAGAGACUCUGAAACUACCUUUGAUGAAGACUCUCAGCCCAAUGAUGAGGAGGUUCCAUAUAGUGAUGAUGAGACGGAAGAUGACUUGGACAUUCAACCUGACGUUGAACCAGAGCAAAACCGUAUUAAUAUAGAGGUGGAAACAACUCGAGAGACACUUCAAAAGGAUUGCAGCUGGCAAGUUAAAGCAAAUGACAGAGCUUUCUAUGAGCAACCCCAGUUUAAGGAAACAAUAUUCCUUUGUAUUCAGAAAAGUAAAUACGCGGGAAACGCCAUCAAAACCUACAAGUAUAAUCCAAUUACCUUUUUGCCAUUGAACUUGUAUGAGCAGUUUAAAAGAAUUGCCAAUUUCUAUUUCCUUAUUCUACUUAUUUUACAGACAAUUCCUCAAAUAACAACUCUGUCUUGGUAUACCACGUUGAUUCCAUUGCUCCUGGUCUUGGGUAUCACUGCAGUUAAAGAUCUAGUGGACGAUGUUGCACGCCAUCGGAUGGACAAUGAAAUUAACAACCGAACAUGUGAUGUAAUCAAAGGCAAGAGUUUUCAGAACGCAAAAUGGAAAGACAUUGCAGUUGGUGAUAUCAUCCGUUUGGGGAAAAAUGCAUUUGUUCCUGCGGAUAUUUUAUUGUUGUCCAGUUCAGAGCCCAACAGCCUUUGUUAUGUAGAAACAGCUGAAUUAGAUGGUGAAACCAACUUAAAGUUCAAAAUGUCACUGGAAGUAACAGACAGGUGCCUUCAAGAAGAAAGUGCACUUGCAGUAUUUGAUGGCCUAGUAGAGUGCGAAGAGCCCAACAAUCGUCUAGAUAAAUUUACAGGGACCAUGAUAUGGCGAGGAAAGAGAUAUGCUUUGGACGCUGAUAAAAUUUUGUUGCGUGGUUGUAAAAUCCGGAACACGGAAGUAUGUCAUGGACUUGUCAUAUUUGCAGGGGCCGACACAAAAAUAAUGAAGAACAGUGGGAAAACAAGGUUUAAAAGGACCAAAAUUGACUCUCUUAUGAAUUAUAUGGUGUACACGAUUUUCGUAUUACUCAUCCUGGUGUCUGCCGGUCUGGCUAUUGGACACACUUACUGGGAACAACAAAUUGGCAAUUCUUCUUGGUAUCUCUAUGAUGGUAAAGAUAAUUCCCCUGCAUACCGCGGCUUCCUUAACUUUUGGGGCUACAUCAUUGUGCUGAAUACCAUGGUUCCCAUAUCCCUCUAUGUGAGUGUUGAAGUGAUCCGUCUGGGCCAAAGUUAUUUUAUUAACUGGGACUUGCAGAUGUAUUAUCCAGAGAAGGAUACAGCUGCAAAAGCAAGAACUACCACUUUGAAUGAACAGUUGGGACAGAUCCAUUACGUCUUCUCAGACAAGACAGGCACGCUGACACAGAAUAUCAUGACCUUCAAAAAAUGUAGCAUAAAUGGAAAAACUUAUGGAAACUGCAGGGAUAAAACAGGCCACGAACAUAAUAAUCUAGAGCAAGUUGAUUUAAGCUGGAAUAUGUAUGCAGAUGGAAAACUUAAUUUUUAUGAUCAAUAUCUGAUUGAAAAAAUUAAAUCUGGGAAGGAAACUGAAAUUCAGCAAUUCUUCCUCCUUCUAGCAAUUUGUCAUACAGUGAUGGUAGAUGCUACUGAUGGUGAGCUCAACUAUCAUGCUGCUUCUCCAGAUGAAGGGGCUUUGGUAACUGCAGCCAGAAACUUGGGUUAUGCUUUCCUCUCACGGACACAAAAUACUAUUACAAUAAGUGAAAUGGGAACUGUAAAAACCUAUGAUGUGCUUGCCAUUUUGGACUUCAACAGUGACAGAAAAAGGAUGUCUGUUAUCACAAGAGAUCCCAAUGGAGCCAUCAGACUUUAUUGCAAAGGAGCUGAUACAGUGAUUUUUGAACGGCUGCAUCCAAGAAAUCCUAGCAAACAGGAUACCGAAGAUUCAUUGACUAUCUUUGCAAAUGAAACCCUUCGAACGUUGUGCCUUUCCUAUAAGGAAAUUAGUAAUUAUGAAUAUGAAGCAUGGGAAAAAAAGUUCACAGCAGCUUCGCUGGCCUCAGGAAACCGCGAGGCAGCUCUUGACAGAGUAUAUGAAGAAAUUGAACAAAAUUUAGUUCUUUUAGGUGCCACAGCAAUAGAAGACAAGUUACAAGAUGGGGUGCCAGAAACCAUCUCCAAAUUGGCAAAAGCAGAUAUUAAGAUCUGGGUUUUGACAGGUGACAAAAAAGAAACUGCUGAAAAUAUUGGUUUUUCCUGUGAACUCUUAACAGAUGAAACAAACAUCCACUAUGGAGAAGAUGUCAGUGAUCUUUUGAAAAGAAGGUUGGAGAACCAGAGGAACCGAAUUGGGGCAUAUGAGAAAUCCUCCAGUAGAGCAAAUGAACCCUUUUUCUCCGAGGGCAAAAAACAAGCAUUAAUUAUCACUGGAUCGUGGCUGAAUAAAAUUCUCUUGGAGAAGAAAACGAAGAAAAGGAAGCUCCUGAAACUGAAAUUUCCCAAAACAGCAGAAGAGAAGCUAAGGCAUAAGGAGACAAAACAAAAAAUAGACUUGAACAAGGAGCAACAGCAACGAAACUUUAUUGACUUAGCUUGCGAGUGCAAUGCUGUGAUUUGCUGCCGAGUAACCCCCAAACAGAAAGCCAUGGUGGUCGAUUUGGUAAAGAGAUACAAGAAAGCCAUAACCUUGGCUAUUGGAGAUGGUGCUAAUGAUGUGAAUAUGAUUAAGACUGCCCAUAUUGGUGUUGGGAUAAGUGGUCAAGAAGGGAUGCAAGCCGUCAUGUCCAGUGACUACUCUUUUGGCCAGUUCAGAUAUCUCCAGAGGCUGCUGCUGGUUCAUGGUCGAUGGUCUUACAUUAGAAUGUGCAAAUUCCUUCGGUAUUUCUUUUACAAAAACUUUGCUUUUACAUUGGUGCACUUCUGGUACUCCUUCUUCAAUGGCUAUUCUGCUCAGACAGCAUAUGAGGAUUGGUUUAUCACGCUAUACAACGUAUUAUAUUCCAGCCUACCUGUCCUGCUUGUUGGAUUACUUGACCAGGAUGUGAGCGAUAAACUGAGCAUACGGUUUCCUACCUUAUACAUCUUGGGACAAAAAGACUUGCUUUUUAACUACAAGAAGUUCUUCUUAAGUCUGCUGCAUGGUAUUAUAACAUCGCUGAUUAUUUUCUUCAUACCGUAUGGUGCUUACCUACAAACCAUGGGACAAGACGGAGAAGCUCCUUCCGAUUACCAGUCCUUUGCAGUCACUGCCUCAUCUUCUCUCAUAAUUGUAGUUAAUUUUCAGAUUGGAAUGGAUACAUCUUAUUGGACAUUUGUUAAUGCCUUCUCAAUAUUUGGGAGUAUUGCACUUUAUUUUGGCAUCAUGUUUGAUCUGCACAGUGCUGGGAUCCAUGUCCUUUUCCCUGCUCUGUUUCAGUUUACAGGUACUGCUGCAAAUGCUCUCCGGCAGCCAUAUAUCUGGUUGACGAUAAUACUGUCUGUUGCUCUUUGUUUGCUACCCAUCAUUGCCCUCCGGUUCUUGAUGAUGACGAUCAGGCCUACCAAAAGUGAAAAGAUUCGGAAGAAUCGCAAAAAGUACAAGGCCGAAGAGGAGAAGUGGAAGCGAAGGCAGAGCGUCUUCCGUCGCGGGGUAACUGCCCGUCGUUCUGGGUACGCCUUCUCCCAUCAGCGAGGUUAUGCUGACCUCAUCGCUUCUGGGCGGAUCAUGCGUCGAAGGCGAGCAUCCCUAACGGCAGUUCUGGGCAACAAUUUGGCCGAAAUUAGGCGAGCUGAAGAAAACAGUUGAUGACUCCCCAAUCCCACAGAAAGUAGAGGAAGGAUAGCACAAAAAGUUUUAUUUUUUUAUUUUUACAAAGGACAAUAGAUUCUUUUUCUUUUUUUGGAAAAAACUGUGCAAGGUUAUGAAGGGAGUCUAAUUAUUAUUAUUUUUCCAAUUACUUUAUUUGGGACUAAAAUUGGACAGUCCGAAUGGCAGAGUAUUUUUAAUUCUCCAUCCUUGCAUAAACAUUGCUUCUGUUUGAAACUGAAGGAUAUCCUUAUGCCUUGGACUUCAAGUCCAACAAUUUUAAGUUUUUUUAAAAAAAUAGUACUUAGUAUUUUUUUUAAAAAAGAAAAACAAUUCCGACAGAUUUUACGCUUCAGCACCAAAGACAAACCACCCCCCAGCAACACAAUUCUGAGUGCCAUUUCAUUCCGUUAAUUUAUUCUACCAUCGUAUCAUUCUUCUUUGGCAGCCUAAGAAUGAUUUUUUUUCAAAUAGCUGUUCAUUUUUAUGUUACAAGCAUUUAGAGCAUAUUGCAUUAUCCAACAAAAGUUGUAUUCGUCGAUCAGGGCUGCAUGCUUUUAAUAAUGUUCUGACAUUUUGGCAGAGAAAGCUCAACAGCUUUCAAGUGCAUAAUCAAAGGCCAGAGGUUCCUUCAGAAAAACAAUAGCUUGUUAUAUAUUUUUCACUCUGGGCAUUCUAGGGGUCUCCCCUCUCUAAAUGUGUUAGCAGCUCUGUAGCAGCAAGAAUUAAUAUGCCUUUCUGGUAUUGUAUUUUAUACCCAGCCUUUUUACCUUCAGUACAAAUCUUACUGUGUUAUUUGCAUUGGUUUGAGAAAUAAGAAAGAUUCAAUCAGUGCAGAGUUUCCUCUUGGAUAUGUUGGUUGAUUUCAUCCUUGGGUUGUUCUUGGUCAAGGGAAAUGGCCAUCUAGCCAUUAAACAACAGGAGGCGAUUCUUAUAUAGCAUUGUCUUUUAUGUUGGAAUGAUUUGUGUGAAUAUCGGAGCAGCAUCAUGCUUGAAGAUGACAAUGCCAAUUUCACCACGCUUAUGUGGCAAAAAGAGAUGGGUGAAGGUUUAUCACACAUCAAAAAUUGCUCCCAUGUUAUAUACCUGAUGAAAUCUAUGAAAGAAAGAGCAUAAUGCACUAUUCAACAAAGGUUGUACUGGUCGAUCAGGGCUGCAUACUUUUAAUAAUGUUCAGACAUUUGGGCAGAGAAAGUUCAUAAUCAAAGGGGUCUUCACUAGAGGGAGUGACGCGUCUUCUUCGUGGGAAUGAGAAGCAUGGUUUGAAGCACUACCUGGAGCAAGAAUAAUUUGUAUUUAUGAUUAAUCUAUUGUAUGAUUUUUUAAAUAGUAAAAUAUGUUUUUUUAAAAAAUGUAUUCACCUACACAUUUCAUUGUGUUGGGACUUAAAAAUGGUUUACAUUUCAAUACUCUCAGCAUGCACCAAAUGAUCCUGUUUUGAUAUUCACAACUGCUCCUCACAUUUGUGUAGGUGGGUGAAAGGAGCUCGUCUCUUAGGAACACGGACUUGGUACAUUCCUUCAUUAUUACUAUUGAAUGUUGAAAAGUUUACAGCUUUUCAGUAAAUGACAGCAGAUAUUAUUUUGAUUCAAAAAUUGAUUUCUCUAUUCAAAAAUGAGGAAGAGGUUAGUCUUUAUCUUUCAGACUUCUAAUCUAAGUGCAAUAUUUGCAACUUUAAUACAUUGAUUGUAUACAUCUCAAUUAUAAAAUGUAAAUAUUUUAUUUCUUAAAGCAUUAUGUAUAUAUAAGUAAAGUGCCUUACUUUUUAUCUGGUGUGGAAAAAAUUAUUUUCAUUGCUCUGAAUGUUUCUAUUAAAGUGUCCUUGGUAUUG